UGUGCAUUCAGUCAAACGGUGCAGUCGAAACACAUCCGCUUUCGAAUAUAAAGCUAGUUAGCACUUGCUUACGUUGGUUUACUGUCAACGAGUUACACUAUAAAAGGCAUUCUUUGAAGAUAUUAAAAAGAAAAAUUUGAUAAGCAAACGUUUUUAACUUAUAAUAAAAAUUUAACUAUGAUUUGAAUCUUUACCCUGCACCAAGUAAUUGAAACAUAAUCAAAUUAAAAGUUUUAAAUAAAUAAAACAACGAUAAUGAAACGAUAUUUACUACAAUUUUUAUUUGUAGCUAUCGUCUGCAGCAGAGUGUUAUCGGGCCCAUUGGCUCAAACGGAGAUUCCUCAAGACGACGAAGAUGACGACUGGGACGAUGAGGAUGAAUCCUCGGAAGCGGAUGAUGACGGACGAAUUUAUAAGAACCCGCGUAACUCACCCUCUUCGGAAUGUCCGCGUGACGAAGAGCAAGCCACUUUAUUGGGACAAAAAUGUUUACGUAAAUGCUCAUCGGAUGAGGACUGUAAGAGUAAGAAAAAAAAAUGUUUAUGUGACGGCGUCUGCGGUAUGUCAUGCAUUAAGCCCGAUCGCGAAUGCCCGGAAUUGGCUCAACCUACUCUAGGCCAAGUCACAGUCGCUGGUAGACAUUUUGGUGCACGAGCCUCUUAUUCCUGCCCUCAUGGUUAUCAUGUAGUUGGACUACAAAGUCGUUUAUGCCAAGCCGACGGCAACUGGGCUGGUGCUGAGCCAGCUUGCAAACAAAACAUUUAUUGUCUGAAACCACCGCAAAUAGAACAUGCUCGCAAUUCAGCUUUGCCAGAGCAGGAAACAUUUGAUUUGGAUUCGACAGUACAAUAUCAUUGUCAUAAUGGUUACGUGACCAACGGUUUUCCAAGAGCUAAAUGUCUAGCCAUAGAUGGUCAAGCCAGCUGGUAUGGACCAGAUAUACAAUGCGAACCUCGAUCCUGCGGCCAGCCGCCAGAUCCGGCUAACGGAUGGCAUUCUGGCGAGUGUUACACUUAUGGUUGCAAAAUCACCUACAAUUGCGGCAAUAGUUACGAGUUAGUAGGCAAACAUGAACGCACCUGCCAAUCAGACGGUUCUUGGACGCCAAAAGAGCUGCCCACUUGUGUAUUAGUUACCUCUGUUAUAUGCCCUACACCUGAAAAUCCGAAGAACGGUAAAGCCACAUACACAACUUUAGCCUAUAAUUCAGUGGUUAGCUAUGAAUGCCGUUAUGGCUAUACGUUGGUGGGCGAAAGCUCAAGCCGUUGUGGAGCUGAUCGAAAGUGGAGCGGAACUUUACCUGUGUGUAAAGAAAUUAAUUGCGGUCAUCCUGGCAUUCUAUACAAUGGUUGGAUCGAAAACAUUGAAGUGGGUACUGGUUUAGGCGCUAGCAUUAUAUUUCGGUGUCAACCCGAAAUGCUAAUGCAAGGUCAUGCAUCCAGUGUUUGUCAAAUUGAUGGACGUUGGCGGAACCCUUUGCCUGAGUGUUUAGCUCCAUGUGUGGUACCAACUAUAUCACAAGGCUUUGUUAUACCUAUCGAAAUUAUGACUGAUGAGAAUGGCACGGUCAUAAUAACAUCUACAACGACGCAAUCGCCUGUCAUUUCUCCUUCCGGAUAUGUGGAUAAAGUAAAACAUGGCACAUCUUUAGAUGUCAAAUGUGACGAAAAUUAUGAAUUCCCAGUCUCCUUGUUAAGUCCACCCACAUGUCAUAAUGGCACAUGGAGCAUAAUACCGCGUUGCGUUCCGGCGAGAUGUAAAAGUAUGCCGAAACCUCCAAAGCACGGUAUGGUAUUGGCUCCAAAAACUGAGCAUGGUAUGAAAGCAAGAUUUAAAUGUAAAGACGGCUUUAAACUGGUCAAUCCCGAAGGGAAAGAUAUAACAGAUCUAAAUGCUUACAUUCUUACCUGUUCUUUUGGCAAUUGGACUGGAGACACACCACAUUGUCAAGAAGUAUUUUGUUCAUUCCCUGGCUAUAUACCAAAUGGCAAGGUAUUAUUAGUUGGCAAUAUGGGACUUUAUGACUACAGGCCCUAUGUGAAAAAGAUAGUAAAUAACAAACAGAUUAUGUACGAUUGUGAUAAAGGUUAUGUAUUAGACGUAGGUCCACCGGGCGCCACCUGUGUGGGUGGUAAAUGGCGCCCUUUAGAACUACCGCAAUGUUUAUUGGGUCAACACCCUCGCCUGCGUUGGAAUCGCAAACGCAGGUCCAUCGAAAUAAGACAUAUUGGCUCUACAUAUCGCAUGCGAGAGAAACGUGACUUGGAGAAAAAAUUAAGAUAUGAUAUUUAUCAACAUUUUCCACAAUGGAAAAAUGCAACAAAUAAGGUUGAUCCUAAAUUACGGAAGCGUAGCAAACGAACACCGACUGAGAUUGAAGAAGCCUAUUCUAAAUAUUACCAACGUAUCCGGCAAAAAUACCAAAAUUAUGUUAAACACUUAUUAGGCUACAACAAAAUGUACAAUCCUUUAGAAUUUCUUAAUACCAACAAAAAGAUACAAGCACAAGAUGGUCGUUGGUAUAGUUUCUACGAUAAUCAAGAGCAAUUAGCUCGAUAUAAACCUAACCACAAAUCCCAAACUUUGGCGAAUGAAUUUAAUCUUUAUGACUAUGAGGAUUUCGACGGUGCGCAUAGAACAAUGGGCAAAAUACCAAUGCCCAAUAUCUAUCAAAAUUCUCGGUACAGUUCGAGCAGGAGGAAGAAUGAACCUAUUCUUGAUAGCAAUAAUUCCUUUCAUCGCCUUAUGGAAGGUUCGAAAAAAUUACCAAAAACAAGCAAUGAAAGUGAUUUCAUAGAACAAUUAAAAGCUCAAAUAAUACGAAAACGUCGUAAAAGAAGCAGCAGUUACUUGCAGCCCAGUGAGCCAGACGCAAGCGAUCAUUUGGAGAACAAAGAGGGACGCAAGCGUUUACGUGGCCCUUGUGAAGAUUUAGAUUGGGACUCAUUCGCAAAUAUUACCACUAUUAGGCCGGGUAAGGCUCCAGGAAGAAACAGUGUUGGUAUCAUAUUGUAUUUAGAAUGCAAUCCUGGUUUUAAAUUAAAUAUAAAGGAUGAAAAUGUGACAGUUCGUUGCAUACGAGGAAUUUGGAAACCCGAAACACCAAAGUGCGUUUCAGGUAUUUCGAGAAAUCUCUUUUCACAAUCUUCAAUCUUUUACGUUAAACCUUUUCGAAAAGUAGCGCCUUGCUUAGUACCUUUUGUGGAGAAUGGAAAAUAUUAUAAAGUGGAGCCGCAUACCAAAUGGUUAUCGGAUAAACCUUCUUUAACGCCCCUUUCAACCUAUGAGGAAAUACAAUCAAAUGAAUUUAUAACAUUGGAGUGCGGAGAUGGUUAUAAAAUACAAGGCUCAGCACAAUUAAGAUGCGCCCAUGGCAGUUGGUCAGUAAAUGCUUUCUCUGAAUGCGUUUCUAUUCUUUGCACUCUUCCGAACAUAACAGGUUUAACAUACGAGGGAGGUUAUCGCGCUGGACUUACCAUCGGUCACAUGAGUUCGGUUAGCGUGCGCUGUAAUUAUUCCACCAAUACUUUGCCGAUUGAAAUGAACUGUAACAAAGGUGUACUAACUCCACAAAACAUACACUGCGAAUCCGGUAUGCGAAAAUCGCGUGAAGAAAUUCUGCAAGACAAUGAAGAAGAAAUUAAUGCGAGGUCUAACAGUGCGUCAAUAUCACAUUCCCUGGACUCGUCAGAUAUGGAAGAAUCGUCUAACUCCACUGACGAUCAAAAUACUACUGAGGAAGCAAAAAUGUGUGGACCUCCGUCCAUAACAGAUGGCGCUUUAGUUUACAAAAAUGGGGAUUUGGAAAUUGAAGGUGGAUAUGAGAGCGGGACCGAGAUUUUUUUCAACUGCAUUCCGAGUGCGUCCGGUGAGCGAAAUACAUGGAAAAUUAUAUGCGAAAACGGCCAUUGGAUAGGCAGAUCUUAUAAUUGCGCUAACGGCACUUGUAUGUUUAAAAACAAUGAACCAAAUGUGGUGAGUUUUUAUAAUGACUUGGAAAUUCGUGAAGAUAUUGUUGAAUUCCCUCCAGGAGCGACCAUAAUAUCAAGAUGUACUGACAUCGGCAAAUUUGAGCUUGUGGGUAGUAUUGAAAGGACAUGUAUUCACUCCGAGUGGACCGGCGCAAAACCAGCUUGUUUUGGUUUAAAUCAAGAAAAUGACUAUGCUAUGGAAAAAGCUCCUACAAUAUUAUUUCGUCAUCAAAACGGUCCUAUCGCGCAAAGUAAUGACGGUAAACUGAUUGUGUAUCCGGGCACCACUCUGCACAUGGAAUGCUUAUGGAUGAGACGUUUCGGCAAUCCGAAAUGGUCUGUGAGCCAUAGUGUGAGAAAUUAUUCAGAAGGUUGGGUUACUGACGAGGGGAGAGACGCUACUUUGGAGUAUCGCUUAACAAUAUCCAAUGCUCAAGCUGAAGAUUCUGGCAUAUUCUCUUGCCAAACGCCGGCAAGACAUGAACACUCAGUUGAGGUGGUUGUUAAGAGUAUCAACUGUCCUGAAAUUCCUAUACGGCGUGGUUUAAUUGUUAGUACGAACGAUACCAAAUUAAGCACUCGGGUCUUGCUUUCCUGCUCGAAUGGAAAUUCACUUAUUGGUUCUUCUGAAUUAUUUUGCCUUCCCAGUGGCAACUGGAGUGCACCCUUACCAGUUUGCGAAAGCGUAGAAUGUGGCGAUAUUCCUCUACCUAAUAACGUUAGUUCUCCACGGGUCUCUGUGCUAUCCAGGGAGGUAGGUGGUCGCGCUGCCUUCUCCUGCGCCUCUGGCUACGGUAUACGAGGACCGUCAGAAGCAAUAUGUUUGCCUACUGGCGAAUGGGCUGUACCCUUUCCAACAUGCAUUGAAGUUCAAUGUGACAAUCCAGGAGCUCCUCAAAACGGUUACGCUCAGGGCUCAGCACCUUACCGGGCCGGCGAUGUUGUGCAAUUCAAUUGCAAUCCCGAGUACAUGAUGCAAGGACAACCUAUAAUUGCCUGCCAAGAUAACGGCCGCUGGUCCGGAGUUUUGCCGAAAUGCGUUCAGGCCUGUUCCUAUCCUGGUACAGCAAUAAGUGGCCAUAUGUCUUCGGUACAAUUUUACUAUGCGAUUGGUGAAAGUGUAACAUUUACUUGCGACGCUGGUUUAGAGUUAAGAGGACCAAAAAUGGUCAAAUGUCUUAAAAAUGGGAAGUGGUCCGGCGCAAUACCCCAAUGCAUUUCCACGGACUGAUC